AUGAUUUCAGGAUCUGGGACUGUGUUCAGCUCUGGAAUCGACCUGACUACUAUUACCGGAGAUCUUUUAACAAAUGCAUUUAUCGGUCCACAUUCAUGUGAUUCCUCCCAAAGUUCAUCUACAAGUUCGAGUAAUGUAUGCGCGUCUCGUAAUUCAAACAAUGGUAAAAAAGCUGGGAUUGAUAUUUCCAAAUCAACUCUUGUCAGUCAUUCUGGUUGUUCACAUUCUCAGUCGAGUUCGGAUUCGAAUUCUUCAAACCAGAAAAAUAUAAAUGAAGUUAAUUCGUUUUUCAGUUCAUUUCUAAAUCCUGAAAAUAUUGAACGUCUGGUUAAAGCCUUAAGGUCAUUCCUGUUAUCAUUAGUAUCAUUUCCAAAACCUAUUGUUGUUGGUGUAAACGGUCCAGCUAUGGGGCUCGCUGUUGCUAUAUUACCGUUGUGUGACAUUGUUUACGUUAGUGAUUCAGCCACAUUUUAUAUGCCAUACACUCGCCUUGGCCAAAUCCCUGAAGCAGCAUCAACUUAUACUCUAAGCAGUCUCAUCGGUAUGCCUUUGGUAAGUUACUCUAAAACUUUUUUUUCAUAGGGUGUUGUCAUUCACUGUGUUUCAUGCCCUUUUUCGCCACUUUGUUAACGUGCUAUUACAUGUUCGCUGCACUAAACCUUUUUGUUGCACGACAUCUUAAUGAUAAGUGAUAAGUUCGUCCUAUCAUUAUUAUUAUAUUGGUC